CACAGCUUUUUGUUUUUGCAGCCGCAGCGUAACCUAGGAACCGAUGUUAGCCAGGUCGACGUUGUUUCCGACGGACCGCGGGACGUCGCACCACUGGUCCCAUCUUGGUUCGAGGGAGAAGAGAGAGAGAGAGCACAGCGCACCGUCCAUAUUACCGCUGCUUUGUCAGCAGCACUUUUCACGGUGAUGGACCCUCCUGGUGGGGGAGACGAACGGCGGAGGCAGGCAGAGCGUCUUCGACGGGAGGAGGCAUACUAUCACUUCAUCAAUGAACUGAGUGAAGAGGAGUACCGCCUAAUGAGAGACAGCAACCUGCUUGGCACUCCUGGGGAGGUGACGGCCGAGGAGCUCCGGCAGCGUCUUGAUGGAGCAAAAGAGCGCAUGUCGUCUCAGCCCCGCUCUGAGCAGCGCUUGCAGACUGCUGAUUCUGGAGAACAGCAGGGAGGCAGCGGUGAGGGAGAGGAGAGAGUGGCUGGAGGGAGACGAGGAGCAGGGGGCACAGAGCCCGGAGCAGAAACUUCUAAUGGUGACUCAUUACUGGAGUGGCUGAACACUUUCAGACGCACUGGUAAUGCUACUCGCAGUGGGCAGAGUGGCAACCAGACAUGGCGUGCUGUCAGUCGGACCAACCCUAACAGUGGAGAGUUCCGCUUUAGCCUGGAAAUCAACAUCAACCACGAUCAGCCAGAGCCGGGGGAGCAUAAUGACGCUGCCGACACUGCAGAGCUGCCAGUGACCGCCCCAAACACAACUUCCCCCUCUAUACGCACGGUUUCGUCUUUCUCCAACCCUCGCCCUUCAACCACGCCGAGGCCAACCCCGUACCCCACCCCCCGCCCAGCCCUCAGGAGAAUGCAGACACGGCGUACACGCAGCAGCACUACCACCCUUUCUAUGAGCCCUCCUGCACUUCCCGCGCCAAUGACCACCCCAACUGCUGCUCAAAGGAGAGGUGCCACUUUGCACUCUUUAGCACCACCUCCCACUGUUCCCAACCCACCCCUCGAUCAAAAUACACCAUCACAGCAAGCUCUCAAUGCAGAAGUAGAGCAGGGCAGUGAUGAUAUGUCUGCUUCAAUAGACUGUCCCCGUGUGUCACCCCAGUCUGUAUCUCAGGCCCCAGCAGCGGGACACGAAUCACGUGGCAGUAGGACUCGAUCGCGUGGUCGUGCACGCAGGGCCGCAGCUGGGGUUGGGGUUUCAUCCCGCUUGUCAAGGCGAAGCCGUUCUCCCUUGCACAGAAUACCUGUUGCCACUGCCGCUCCACCAUCGAGCAGUGGUGUCAGUGGUUCUAGCGUGCACACUGUUGAGCCAGGCAGUGGCACCAGCUCUGUUUCCAUGGAAACAGGAGAGGCUGUGGCAGAACCUGCAGCUCUGACAGAGACAGCUGUAGAGACGGGAGAACGCGAGAGUGAAUCGCAUGUAGUAGGAUCAGGAAGUUCAGCUGUGCGACGGCAUCCAACCAUCAUGUUGGACCUGCAGGUGAGAAGGAUUCGACCUGGUGAAAACCGUGACCGGGACAGCAUCGCCAGUAGAACGCGUUCUCGUGCACGUGUUGCUGAGAAUACGGUCACAUUUGAAAGUGACAGUGGUGGAUUUAGACGCACCAUCUCCCGCUCUGAGAGAGCUGGAAUCCGUACCUAUGUGAGCACUAUACGGAUUCCACUGAGGCGCAUCAGUGAGACGGGCCUAGGGGAGCCCAACUCCACCGCCCUGCGCUCCAUAUUGCGCCAGAUUAUGACCGGAUUUGGGGAGCUGAGCUCCCUAAUGGAGACAGAGGCUGACUCUGAAACUGUUGCACCUAGCCACACAGAUCCUAGUGGUACAAAUAGUACCACCACCCCAACCAGUCGUCUUCAUACAAAUGAGAGCGCAGCUGGCCUGGUGGGUAUAGGUGCGGUAGAUCCGGAGAGGGUGGGGCUGGUGGGAAGCGAGGAGGACCAGGGAGGACAGGCCCGGCUCGGAGGAGCGGUGGUGAGCACGACAGAGGGACGGGCCUCCAGCAGAGACACCAACAACCUGGUAGAAAAUGGUACUCUACCCAUCCUGCGGCUGGCACACUUCUUUUUGCUCAAUGAUGAAGAAGAUGAUGAACACCCUAGGGGCCUGACCAAAGAGCAGAUUGACAAUCUAUCCACACGUACUUAUGGUCAGGCCAGCCUGGAGGGCGAGAUGGGUCGUGCAUGCAGCGUCUGCAUCAAUGAGUAUGCCCAAGGCAACAAGCUGCGUCGCCUGCCCUGCUCCCAUGAAUUCCACAUCCACUGUAUCGACCGCUGGCUCUCUGAAAACAACACCUGCCCCAUCUGCAGGCAGCCCAUACUCACAGUGCAUCAUGACUGACCUAUUGCUCACAAACACAACUGUUGUGUUCCUGGCUGGCUGAACUGAGCAGACCCAAGUGGGCUUUGCAUGUACAUAGCGCUUUCAUAGUUACAUUUCUUUGAAAAUAUCCAUUGUGUUGAAGCUGAAGAAGGUUGAACCAAAAGUGCGGAAAAAAAGAAACUAUAUAAUGCAGAGAAUUAACAGAACUUUAUUUUUUUAGACUCUUUGUUUUCAGCAACUUAUUGUUUUAUUUUCUUCUUCCUGUGACCUGUUUGGCUGGUCUCUGUCACAAAGCUUCAGAGCCCAUGUCAAUGAAUGGCAUUAAUGCUUAAGGAGCUCCUGUAGCCGCUGCUGACUAGUCUCACUUUAACUCUUUAAUGUCUGAUACACGUGACGUCUCUUUGUCACAACGGGACUACACAGAUCACUUCUAGACUUGAUUUACUCAGUAUGAGCUGUAAAUAACCACCACUGCUUAUAUUUAAGGGUUUUGAAGCAAGAUGCUCCUCACAUGCCAUCUGUUUAGAAUGGAAGUAGGAAGACUUUUUUUUUUUUUUUUUACAUCGACCAUUUUAAUGCUUUGGCAUCCAUUUUAAAGUGUCCCUUUAAAGUUGGUUAAGAAAUGUAUGAUUUAUUGGGAUGUGUAUGAGCUAUGUAUUUAAGUUUGAAAUGAGUUUUAUUCUGUAUGUCUAGUAAUAUCUGUUAAGCCCUCUCCAUACAUUUGUCCCAUAUAAUUGCAAUACAAAAUUCAUCCACGUCAUCCACAAAAAUCAGCCACUUUGAAAUCAUUGACAUUAACCAUAUAAGCAGCACAAUUCAAAUGAAAUACAGAAGGCAUGUGAUAAUCAGGAAUUCAAAGUUGUAAUUUAGUAUGAGUUGUGCAAUAUGGAGAGAAAAGACAGUAUUGUUUGUUUUGCUGUUCAUUGUUGUUUACAUUGUAAUGCCUGAUUAUCAUCUCCACUUAAAAACAAAGUCUUGUUUACCCUGAAAUCAAUGUUUCCUGUUGCUGUUUCGAGUCCAUGCCCGACAGACACCCUGGGAUCUGUGUCAUGAAGUUUCAUUGCGUAGUUAGCCUGAUACAUCUUCUAAGCAAAAACCUGGAACGUGGAAUUAGAAAAAUAAAAAUAACAGAGUUUUUCCAGUUGUCCAGCUAACUCCGAAAUAGGUGCUGGAAAAUGUAUGUUUUGAGCAUCUGUUGCAGCUCUGACUGCAAAACUACAUUUUCUGCUAUUGAGAAGCUGUGAACAACACAUUUCUUUCUAAUCAGUUCAGUCACAGUCGCAGUCUAUUUCAGUUCCAGUACCAGUGCAACACCCGAACAAGGCAAUGUUAGUAAUAUGAUAUUCCUGUACGCUUUUUAUGGUUUGUUUUUUACAAGUGUGCACAGAUAUUGGACAUUUCUAGUGAAGCAUAGAUGGAUUAUUUAGCUGAACCACCUACUCAGUGUGUUGCCACCAGGGCCACUUUGUGCAUCGACAACAGUACACAGGAGCUACAACAUCUCUGCAGUUAAAAUGUCCCUAAUAAAACUGCAGGAAUGAUGCAGUAUAAUAUGUCAGAUUGUGUGAGAGUGGGGUAAGUGCAUAUGGUUGAGUUGUGUGUGCAUGUGAGUGUGUGUGUGUGGGUGCGGAGGAAAGGUCCCAGUAAACCUGGUUCUCAGAAAGCUUCUGUUAAGCUAGUGUCCACCAUGGAGACUUGGAGAGAGUUGUGGCCACUCGGUUAAGAAGUGAAUAUUUAUUCUGUUCCUAUUUAAUAAGAUGGAAAUCAACUUUUGAAAUAUGAAUAUGUAUUAUGUUACAAUGUGAUGAGAGUAAAUGAAACCGUUAAGAUAAAUAUGUUACUAUGUAAUAAAAUGAAGACAUGGGA